AAUUUUUGAAAAUGAUUGAAAAAGAGCUAGACGAAAAAUACAACAAACCAAUGUUCCUAAACCCCAACGGACACUUAGAUCCUAAGAUCACCAAAGACCUGCUUUCCAGCUGAAAAAGAUCGCGUCAGCCCUUCUCGAGCUCCUUGAGCAUAUAAAAUCCUUCCAAAGAGUGGUCAUUCCUAAGAAAAUUUAUCAGAAGGCACACCAGUUUUACAGGAAUUUAUUAGAGAGUGAAAGCUCUGACCGCAGUGGAGCCUCCCUUAGUCGACUUACAAUGAAGAAUGAUGAGAAGACAGAUAUAAAUAUCCCUUUAUUCAGAGAUCUUUGCUUAAAAUAAGACAAAGCAAGAAGAAUGGCUUCAGAAUAUAAAUAAAUAACUCAAAUCUCAAUUUAAGAAAAUAAAAAUUUGAAAAUACCCAUGAAGAAGGCUAUAAAUUUUUUGAAGAAUUUAAAAGACCUCAAUACAAACCAGAUUGCAUGAGACAGAAGUAAUAAUGUCACUAAGAUCAUCCCACAUUUAUUCCCAAAACAAGUGCGGAGUUCCUCAGUAUUUAGUCAAAGAGGACCACCUAGACCUAGGAAGAAUUCGAUAAAAAUUAAUUUGCUUGCUAAAUCACCAGGACCACCAUUGCCACCUCAAGAGCCUAGACGAUCUGUAAAGACUAUGGUCAAAGCUUCGACUGCUAGAAUAAGUCCUAAAAGAUGGGUUGCAGAGAAUCCGAAGAAAUUCCUUGAGGUUCCUAGACCGUCUGAACUAAGAGAUCCUUUGAGUCUGAAGUCAAAUAAUUUUGUGAAAACUAAUUUGAAAACAGCAAUAGAACAGGUUCAUGAAGCUUAUUGAAGGAAUAAUAGAGAUUUGAAGGUGAGGAAUAAUAAUUAUUUACAAGAGUUUACAAUUUAGUUUGUG